AGGCUGACUCCAUGGCACGCUAGCCCAGGCAACAGAGUGAGACUCUGUCUCAAAAAAAUAAAAUAAAAUAAAAUGUUCCGAGAGCCUCAAUCUUAACACAUUUAUUAAGUAGCACUGAUCUUCAGAUUACUGUUCUCUAAAACAAGUGUGAGAAGUGAAUAAAAUCAAAAUUAAUUUUUAAAUAAGUGUUUUUAAAUUUCCACUGUUCCUUUUCUAAAGGAUAAAGGGCUGAAGCGCUGUUUAGAUUCACUGUAAGCAAGCUUUUGGUGACUCUAGUGGGCAUAGAUGCACUUAAGAUGUUAAAAGGUACACCCCCAGUGCUUCGUGCUCUGCCUCUUGGCUUCUAACAGGAAAGACCGAUUUCUAGUGCUUUCACUUUGAGCCAUAUUUUCACAAGCAAGUGAAGUCAUUAAACAACUUUACGUAUGUGAGAUCAAAACUAUGGUUUCCUAGUUUUGCAUUAGGAAGAAAAUAUCCUGAAUAGAAUGUUUACUUGAAAUAAUGAUGAUAAAUAAUAAGUGUUCACAAUGUGGUAGAAACUAAAACACAAUCUCAGCUUUAACUUUUAAGUAAUAAUGAUAGCUCUCAUUUAUUGAGCACCUUAUUAUACAUCCUAGGCAUUGUCCUAGGUGUUGCAUGUUUAAUAUCUCUAAUUCUCACCUGUAAGUAGGUGUUCUUAUUACAGUUUUACCUAUUAAGAAACUGACAUCAGAAAAGUUAAGAAACUUGUCCAACAUCCCAUAGUUAAGUAGCAGAUUGGGAUUGGAAUUCAGCUGUGACUGAACCCUAGAAUGAAUUCAUGGUACCUGAUUCCAAAUGCCAUGUUCUUUUCAUUAUCUGCAUUGACUUUUCAAUUAUUUAAAACUCUAGAAAGAUGAGCAAAGAUUAAUUUCAGCUUACCUAAGAAGAUAAGAAUUAAAACAAGUAUGCUUACUCUAGUUAAAAGAAAAAUAAAUCUCAUGUCAGACAAAAAAAAAAUCACUGUCAGAGUUUAAACCAUCUUAAGCCAAUACCAAAAUCUUAUACUACAGAGAGGUCAAAUUGGCCUACUUGUGAGUCACCCCGGUUUCCCAGCCGAUGGGCGUUGGCACACUGGGGCACCCACGUGGUAAACAGGGGGUGCCAAGAUGUUGACACCCACAGCUCUGGGGCAACACAGUGGAAAGUGGGGAGGCCACAGGCCCAGACAAACUGCAGGCCGGGAACGGCCGGGUGGGUUUCGUGCAGCAGGCCACACAAACGUGACCCUUUUUGACGUGUGGCAAGCCUGGAAAGUCAGUCGGGAAGCACUGGGCCAGGGAGUGCCAACGUAGGGGGUGUCCUGAGGGAUUUUUUAAGUAAGUGUAAGAGUUCGUCUUUGCUCCUGAUACCACUCUCCCAUUGUAGUUAUUUACAGCCUCGAGCCAGUUGAUUUUUCCUGUAUUUCAUAUUUGGUUUGAAAGAGACAUGGACCCCUAAGUAGUUUGCUGUAAAAUAGGCGACAGAGCUGUAUCCCGGGCUCUGCGUUCAAGUGUGACCGCCUUCUGCCAGGGUCACUUUGUGUAGAUAAGACAAUCAACCAAAAGAACAAUUUGUAUUCAGUAUAGUCGCAGUUCUCUCUGAGAGAAAAACCAAAUACCUUAGAGAUCAUGCAGUCGUUAAAUUAUACUGAAAUAAGGACUGACUGACUACCUAACCCUGAGCGCAGUUCUUAAAUGAGAAGUGAGAUUUAUAACUUCAGAGUGCUAUUAUGAAUAGUUGUAGUGAUAUUUGAACCCAUUUGAGUAUAUUCAAUAUCAUUUAAUAUCUGAACGAUAUUCAGAAAAAAAUCGCUGGAAUUUUAAUUCAGAUGCUCAGUAUAUUAUUGUUAAAUUGUACAUUCAUUACUUGUCUAUUCUAUUUAGAUUUGUUUUGAAAGUUUCUUUAAAUAAAUAUUGUUACCAAAACUACAGAACACUAUAUUACAAAGUAUUAUUUAUUGAAUUUAAUCCAUGGAAAUACUCUAUUUUUACUCCUCUUUGAGAGGUACUUGUGUUUUUGAUACAUCGCCAUUAAGUGCUUUUGACAUGAGAAGAUAUUUUCAUGUUUUUAUAAAACUGAUUGUUAACAGAUGUAGCAUUUUAGGAUACUUUACAGGUAGUCCUUGCUUUUUCACUGAAAUGUAAAUCGGAAAGAUUCCCUGGGAAACAGAACAAGAUCAAAGCCAUCCAUUUUACCUGUGACCUGUUUUGAUUAACAGAAAGCAUCAACUACUCAUUCUCGCCACCAGAUGGCGUUUUUCUAUAAACUGAAGUGCUAACUUUGCCUCUCCCUGCUGCUGUGUGUUCAUCUCUGCACUGAGCACCAAUAAAGCGAGUAGUAGCUUUGGGGGAGGUGACUGACAAAGAUAGGACCCCGGAGAGGGGGUGCAGAUGCAUGCUUAUUUAAAUGACCACAGUAUUCUAGCAGUAGGUUGCAAUGACAAGGGGGACAAAUGAAAUAAAUGCAAGGUUUUUUAGAGACUAUCUAAUGGGCAGCUAUAGGAAAAACAUAAAACAACACAAAACAAGGACUGCCUUUGCAUAGUCUGAAAUAUUUUAAAAUAUACUUAUUUGUAUUCUUUUUGCAUUGUGAAAAAAAAACAACAAAAUUUUGUGUGAUAGUUUUGAUGGUGCAAGGUAGAAUUUCUACCUAGUUUUGAAUGAAUGUUUUUUUAAGGAGGUGAGAAUGUUACGGUGCUAAACUUGCCAAGGAAGAGACCAUUGAAAUGCUGAUAAAUUUAGUAAUCUUUUUCAACAUGUUGAGGGGGCAAAGAUUAAAGACAAUGCCAUAUAAAAAUAAAAUUGUAAAUCUGUUUCAGAUAGCUAACUUGAGUUUCAGUUAAUUCAGUGUGUAAUACCUAUUAAUGACCUUUGUUUACAAUAAAAAUUCUAUAAAUUGUUUGCUGUUCCUUUUUUAAUGGUUAUAUAUUAACAGGUUUCUACUCAAUCAUGCAAACUUGGUGGAUUCAAUUAUGGCUUGAAAACGCAACAGUAUCAGUUAUUUAUGUAAUCUGUCUGGAAUGCUAGAACUCAGGGUUAGAAAGUCCCACGUUCCCAGUUUGGAAAGUCCUGCCUACCCUCUGUGCAUUGCAGAAGGCCUCUCUCCAGUCAGUGGCUCUUCCCCAGGGCCCCAGGGAAUGCCCACACUCACGUGGCAGGAGAGGAAAGGGUGACUGAGGCUUGCCACUGAGCAGCUGGGACGACAGGAUGGGUGGAGCCUAGAGGCUGAGGUCUUAAAUCCUCACCUGGCUUGAUCCAGAUAUAGACCCAUUUGAGAACUACCGAGGAUCUUAAGGCAUUAUGAAAAUCUUCUGUUUCAGAGUUAUCACCAUAGUUAUAGGUCUUUAUUUUACUGGGACGAUGACAAAUCCAUCAAGAAAAAGCAGCAUUCCAUUCAAUUCUGAGUGCCAGUGGAGUGAGUAUCUUCUGACAAAUUGUUCUUUUACCAGAAAGCAUGAUAUACCUGUGGGCGUACCACAGACAGCAGCCACAGUGGAUAGAAGUCUCAGUUUCUUUAGAGUUCUCUUACAGUCUCACACGAGAAAAGAAUGGAAAAGAAAACACCUGGACCUCAGUAACAAUCUCAUAUCGAAAAUAACCUUAAGGCCUCUCGCCUAUUUGCGCACUUUGGAGGUAUUAAACCUCAGCAACAAUGCCAUCCUCUCCGUCUUAUUGCAUCUGCCCAGGCCUAAGUCUUCAUGGGUGAGAAGCCCCAGAGGCAGCUUCACAAACGGGCUUCCGUUCCUAAAGGUGCUAGUUCUGCAAAGAAAUAAACUCAGCGCCGUUCCCAAAGGACUAUGGAAGCUGAAGUCGUUGCAGAGUUUGGAUCUGUCAUUCAAUGGGAUAUUGCAAAUCGGGUUAACUGAUUUUCACAAGUGCCUGCAACUGGAGAACCUCUAUUUAAAGAGCAACAAGAUAUUCAGAAUUCACCCAGAAGCCUUCAGGGAUCUCAAAAAAUUACAGGUUGUAGACCUCAGCAACAACGCUCUGACCGCUGUUCUACCGAUGAUGGUCAUGGCCCUAGAACUGCCCCAUCUGCAGGUGGACUUGGCCGGCAACCGAUGGCAAUGUGACAGCAGCAUGGCAGUCUUCCAAAAUUUCAUUUCUGAAUCCUGGAGGAAAAACUGGAAUGUCAUUUGCAAUAAGUCUCUUGCUGCAGGGAACGACGAGGCACGCCACCGUCCUCCCGUGCACGUGAGCCGCGGCAGUGUCGCUGCAGCGGGGUGGCCCGGGCCGGGCGGGCACCUGGGCGCCCCGACCCCAGGGCGGCGCAGACGCGCGCGGGACGUGCGCGCCGCGGACCGCGAGGAGGACGCCGCGGGGUCCCUGGCGCUGGCCGUCAGCCUGUCGGUGGUCAUCACGUUCCUCGCGGCUUUCUGCCUGGGCGCUGUCGCCAGGCCUUACCUUGACCGACUGUGGCGACGGAGUGGCUGCCGCGGGCGCCCCCGCCCGGCCCGCGCCUACUCCAACGCGGGCUUCUACGAGGACGUCGUCGGGGACAGCGCCCCGCGCCCCUGCGAGAACCGGGACCGGCUCUGGGUGGCAGCGCCCAGCCCGCACGGCGCCGCCGCCAGUCCCGGUUGGGCCCCGGGAGGGGACGGCUGGGGACCCAGCGGGCGCGACCGUCCCCGCCCACACCCUGACGCCUGCGACCGCGGAGCGGCUCCAGCGCUGGCGCAGGGCCGCGCCUACAGCAGUGACGUUCCCGGGGACCUGGACUAUGACACUGUGGCCCAGGAACAGCCUGCAGCGGGCGUCCCGUCGGUGGCUGGCACGUCCCCAACUGUCUUGGGCUGCAGCCCCAGCGGCUGGGACCCCGCGCUCUCUAGAGCAGCGGCAGCUUCUGGCUGGGAGAUGCAUCUGAAAGCACGGGGGACUGGAGAGAGCCAGGAGGGAGGCGACACCGCGCAGUCACCCUGGGGAGGUGCGCGUUGGCCGAUGGCGUUUUGCAAGGAAAUACCAGCGAGCGCGCCCCAGGGUUUGCGGGGCGCCCCGCAGCACAGGCUCGAGGGGGCUGAUGCCCCGGGACACACGGCCCCAGCUGCCUUUCCUCCCACCUGGGGCGGCUGCCUGGAUGUCGAGGAGCCGGUGCGCGAGGCUGCCCCUGCUGACAGUCAGCCCGGGCUGGAGAGCCACCACCACUACGACGACAGCGACGACGACGACGACGAAGGCUCCCUGUUCACUAUGAGCUCCGUGAGUUCGGAGGGGGCCGGGGACGGCUGGGAGGCCGGGGAGCCCCUGCAGGACGAGGGCUCAGGGGCAAGCAGGGACAACGUGACGUCACCAGCCAGUCUUGGGGACAGCGUCACCUUCCAGAAUAUUCUAGGGAGCUGCGAGAAUCCGGGAGACGGGUUUGAGGAACCUCUCGUUUCUGGUGCAGACUCUGGUCUCUGCAAGACUCCUCCGGAAAACGCCUCUGACCUCAGUGCAUUUGAGGGUCCGUCACCCUUGCCCAGGUCACUGGGGAAUAGUGCCACAGCGCAUGAGAUGCCCGGCGUGUGUGUUUAUGACACGGAGCCUGAAUCCGAGCCAGCAAAAUGGCACUGCUCGCUUAGAGACUUGGAAUUUUUCAGCGUGGACGUCCUGCCACCAACGCCACCGAAUUCUGCAGAGCCUGAUGAGAGCGUCAGAGACUCGGGCAUCUGUCAACAAAAACCUUCCCCUCGGGGAGCAGGCACAGCCCAAAGAGAGAUUCCUUUCGAGAUCACCGCGGGGCAAACCGUGAGACCCUCACAACAAGACCCUGAGGGGGAUGGGAAUUCCGACGAGCUGGAAACUGAGGCAGAUGAUGGGUUUGCGUGUCCACCUGCGGACUGGGAUUCCAGCAAAGCUAUAAGCCAGAUGCAAUUGUUACAGUCCGAUGGUGAUGAACCCGCUCUUCGGAGGGAAGGAGGAGGAGGGGAAUAUUUCGAAGAUGGUUCCAAGCACCAUGCACCCUCAUUCCGAGAGCUUCCAAAGGAAACCAGCUCGCUAAGAGCACAAGAGCGCCUCAGUGACGGAGACUGGGGUGAAUAUUCAGAGGAGAAUCUGUUGCCCUUAGAAAAAGGUGGUUCUGGCGUUCAUUCCCAAAGGCAGACCCAGAGCAGUCCGUUGGGGGCUGGUGUUCUAGGUGAAGAACAGCUAAACCACGACAAAGACAAGGGCAUUCAACCCGAUAACCAAACGGAAUUCAAGUGACA